GGUGUAUUUUUGUCCGCUUUAAUGGCGAAAGAUUUUAGUAUAACAUGGACAUUCUAAGCGUUCUGAGUGGUCGCCUGGAGGUGGUGGACGAUUCCACGAGUUCUGGGGAGCUAGUCAACAAGCUGGUAUCCCGAGGGCCAACCGAGGAACCGCUUCAGCUGGUCGAGCUGGACAAUUUCGUCAAACGGCACUAUGAAUGGUUGAAAUGUUUGCCCCGGGUGCGUCCAUUCUAUGCCGUCAAAAGCAAUGACGAUCCGGCCUUGGUAGAAACUUCGAUUCUGCUCGGAUGUGGCUAUGAUUGUGCCUCGAAGUCGGAAGUUCGUCGAAUGUUGGGUCUUGGGGUAAGCCGGGAUAAAAUUAUCUAUGCCCAGCCGGCAAAAACCAUUGAAGGGUUGCAGUUUGCAAAGGAGCGCAAUAUUAGGACAGUUUUUGAUAGCGAAUCUGAACUGAGGAAGAUUCACCAGAUCUAUCCAGAAGCGGAGGUUCUGAUAAGGUAUCGGUUCGAUUCCAAGAAUGCGUUGGUACAGCUGGGAUCGAAAUUUGGUUGUGACCCUGACGUGGAAGCUCGCGAGCUGCUGGAUUUAGCCAAAGAACUUAACAUCAAUGUCAUUGGAUGGUGCUUCAAUGUGGGAUCCGGUUGUUCCGAUGCCGAUAUCUUCUAUGAGGCUAUCAAAAAGGGACGUCAGAUUACGGACUACGCCAAAUCGUUAGGAUUCCAUUUUUGGUACCUGGACCUGGGUGGAGGAUUUUCGGGGGCUAAAGGUCAAGGUUUGAACCAGUACGCCGUUCACAUCAACAGGGCAUUGGACGAGUUUUUCCCCGAAGAACCAGGCCUUCUAAUCAUAGCUGAACCCGGUCGAUUCUAUAGUGCUAGUGUAGUCACAUCGGUGAUUCCGGUUCAUGGCAAACGGGUUAUCCGCAACAGCCUAGACCGAAACACCAUAGAUAAUAUUUUCUACUUUUUCAACGAUGGAAUUUAUGGCACAUUCUACAGCGCCAAAUACCGUGGGAUAAAAGUCAAUCCAAUUGUUUGGAAAUCUGCCAGCGAUUGUGGUCCAAUUCGCAAAUGCACCCUGUUCGGACCAACUUGUGACGGAAAUGAUUAUUUUGCCAAGGACAUCCAACUCCCGGAACUGGAACUGUCGGAUUUUGUGGUCUUCGAAAAUCAAGGUGCCUUUGCUAGGGUUCAUUCCUGUCGGUUCAACGGUUUCUGUUUGCCGAAAUCGGUUGUGUUUGUUAGGAACAGUAUUUGGAAUCUGUUGGAUGAGCUGGCAUCGGAGAAAGCUCAUCCGGACAAGCUUGUUCUGGAAUCAUCUUAUCUUCAAACGAACAACAGCAUCGAGUCAAUCAAGUUUGAGUGAGCAGAAAAUGUUUUGUUUUGUAUUAAACCUCGAAAGAAGAUAUAUUAUAACACACAUAUAUUCUUUUUACAAAGAAAUUGAAAUCUUCUCAAAAUAAACAGUAACAAA